UGCCUUUACGAAGGUCUGCUGUGCACCUCGCUGCACGCUGCAGCCUUGCACUGCGACACUGCGGUGCUGAUGGCAUUGAUCGAGGCCAAAGCCAAUGUCGAAGCAAAGGCCGAGGCAUCAGCGGUGGAGGGUGAAGAGGACCUCAUGCACACCCUGACCGAAUGUCAUGCCUUACAUGUCAUGAUCGCUCGGGAUGUCUUCUGCGAAGAGGUUUAUGCUUUGCUGAUGCGGGCUGGCUUGCGACUGAGCGCGGCAUGUCGCAACAAAGAGGGCGAAGAGAUCUCUGGCCUUUUGCUGCCCAGGCUCUUGGGCAACGCGACAGCCACAGAGGAAUGUUUAGACCGACUCCUUGGUGAGGAGGUGCAGCUGAUGAUUCGCUCUCCGGGUCUUGCUUACGCACUGAAUGACUUCUUGGAAGUUCUCUCUAAUCUCCACAGGGACCAUGAGGUCCUGUAUAGAUGUGCUCGCGACAUUGACUUUCUCAUCAAUGGUCCAGAUGUUGCAGCUCCCACAGGAAGAAUUGACGAGCCGCCUCCCACGGCACUGCUGUUUGCAGCACAGGUGGGCAGCUGUGAAGCUGUCCGGUUGCUGCUGUACGCUGGCGCUUCGGCCACGCAGACCAUGCGGCAGUCUGUGCAAUUGGGGCACGGACGCUUGGCGCUGCCAGCUCAAGCUGUGCAUGUAGCCUGCUUGAGAGGAGACAUGGUGAUGGUAGAGCAGCUCCUUUUUUUCGGAAUCAGCCCUGACAUUACCUGCAGUGGCAAAGUCUACGCAGCAGACGAUGUUCAGGCAGCAAAAGAGCUGGAAGAGUGGACAGGCCUCACUUUGGUUCACUUGACGGUACUCAGCCGGAACUAUGAUUUGGUCCCCACGCUGCUUCAGAUGGACUGCUUUCUGGAGACUUCUGCAAAGCGACACGUAGGAGGUUCCUCCAUGUCAGUAACUCCAUUGCACUUGGCCGUUCUGCUGGAGGAUGCCAAGGGCUGUUCCAGCCUCAUGGACCACGGAGCGGAGGUCGGUGAAGCAGUUCGGCAGGCAGCCUUCGCUCGAAGAUCUUUGCGCGAGAUGUUCGGUGGUUCCUCUCCAAUUGGUCUUGAGGAUUGGGUCACAGCCAUCCUGCAGGGGCCAGAGACUUUGCGGAGCCUGUUGGAUCAGAGAACCAAUCCCAACAAGGCCUUCACAUGGCCACGAGACUUCGAAUCUGCGAAAGAUUUGCUGGAAAACAAGUCCUUGUCUUCUCCGGAGCUCACUGAGAGGUUAAAGACGUUGAGCACUGGACGCAGCUACUUUGAAGGGGUGCGGCCUGUUCAGCUAGCCAUUCUCUUCGACCAGCCUUGGGCAUUGCAGCUGCUAUUGGAGGCUGGUGCAGCCUUUGAGGGUGUUGUGCGGGAAGUUGUGCUGGAUGCGCCAGAGGAUCCUCUCUUGCAAGGCAUGGACUUGGAUCCUUUGAUGCUGUGCGUUCGGGCUGGCACAUUGGACAUGCUGGAAUUCCUUGAUCAGCAGCAACUUCUGCCUGAUGUGAACACCAAGCUAGGGCUGGUGCCAGACAUCACGCCUCCCUUUUGGCCUUGGAAGGGGCAAGGCAAUCAGCUGCUGUGGGCAUGGCGUGGCCUGACCCCGCUGGCUUUGGCUGUACUCCAUCACCGGGCCGAUGUGGCACUGCUCUUGAUCAGGCUUGGCGCAGAUAUGCUGAUGCCACUGGAUCACAUUGCCAUAGAGGUGCCCAAGCACUAUUCCAUUGCGGACAACUGCUUCCGAGGCCUGACGCCUUUGCACCUUUGUGCGUUGCUGGAUCUCGAUGCCAUAGCCCUGGCGUUUGUUGGUGAAGGUAGCGGCGAUGUACCUUUGGUCUUCCCCAAUGAGAAGCGGCCGCCGCAAUUCAAGGAACUCCUGGGAGCAACGUGUCAGCAACUCUGGGCAACGCUGGAAUCAGAUGGAAAUCCUGAGAAGGAGCCCUGGCUUUGGCACGACUUGACCCCUUUGCAUCUUGCGAUUAUCGUAAAGAACUACGUCACGGCAGAGGUGCUGAUCGAGGCUUCCACGCCUGACACUUUGGAUAUUCUUUGUAGCCGAAAGGAUGUGGAGAAUGAUUCAGAGAUUUCGUACAACAGGUUGAUCAGGAAGCAUGAGGACCAUGUCCAUGAGAACUGCAUGAGGGAGGAAUUGUGGAUGAGCCACUUCCACCCAGAUAAUGGCGCAGUGGAUUUGCUGGAGCUGU